AUGAUGGCUGUGGACGCCGGCGGUGACGAGGAGCAGUCGGAAGAGGACGACGCGGAGGCACAGGCCAAGACGACGAAGAAGAAGACGAAAGGGAAGACGAAGACGAAGAAGAAGGAGCGAAAGCCGAAGAAGAAGAAGACGACGACGACAAGGGCACAGGAUAGCGAGGAGGAGAAGGCCGACGGCGAGGGCAACGCAGAUACGGCGGAGAAGAAGAAACAGGAAAAGGAGGCGGAGCAAAAGAAGGUUGUGCCGGCGCCGGCACCGGCGGUGGAGAGCAGCAGUGAGAGCGAGAGCGAAGAGGAGGACGACAGCGAGGAGAUGGCGCGCCUGCUGGGCGGGGUGGUCAUCCCGCCCUCCCGCCAGUUCAUCGCUGCCUCCGCCCCUGCCGCCGCCGCCACUACGGUGCGGCCACCGUCCGCGCACCCGCCACCGACGGAGAAGAAGACGACGAAGAAGAAGGAAGUGGAGGACGUGGAGAAGGCGACGACGAAGGAGAAUGGGCAGCACACGAAGAAGGAGGCCGCCAACACGACAGAAGCGAAGCAAGACAAGAAGAAGAAGAAACAGAAGAGCAAGAGCAAGAGGCAGAAGAAAAAAGAUGAAGAGGGGAAGAAGAAGGCGCAAGAAGAGGUGGCGGAAACGGAGAAGAUGGCUCCGCCCACCACCACCACCACGAAGAAGAAGAGGAAGCGAGGACACGAUGACGAUGAUCAUCGUGACAAGGCCGGCGUCGAGGUUGAACCACGUGCUCCAGAGGAAGACGAGCGCCGAUCGAAGAAGCCCAAGACCACAGCUACUACUCCUCUCGAAGCGACGCCCAACAGCAAGAAGAACCGCAAGAAGAGGAACAAGAAGAAAAACAAGAAGAACAAGCAACAGCACACGUGA